UUUUUUUUAAGAUCUGAAAUGUAUACAUAUUCUCUUUUAUAUAAAAUACCCAUAACUACAUAAAUAUGCAACACAUUAUUCUUACAUUGGUUCGCGUUUUUGUUUUUACGUCAAUUGAAAAUAAAUUUAAGUGAUUUAGUAUUUCCUGCAUCUAAGUAAAAGUUUCAGAGUGCUUUUUAGAAGCAUGUACAUGAGUAAUUGAAUAGAAACAUUACUUGCUCAUAAGAUCUGUCCCAUGUAAAAUUUUAAAAUUUUUGAUUCGUAUGAAAGCGAAAAUAAAAAUGGAAAUCUUAUACGACAAUUUUUUUAUUACUCCAAUUUUUGAAGUGAUUUACUCCUAAAUCAAGUUACAGUCCUCCGAACACUGGUUUUGUAGUUCGAACAAUGGUUUUGUUUGUGCGCAAUUCAUUUAUACCGUUAUGAUUUUGUAGCAGCUUGUGGUUGAUGGAGAAGAAAGAAUGUCUGAAAAAUUAAAAGAAAUUUUGCAUAGUUUUGCCUUGGAUGAACUGCUGGAAGAACUUACUGCGGCUGGCAUUGAAUUUCGCCAUUUACCUUAUUUGAGCGAAGGAGAUAUCGCCGACGCUGUAAGAAAAGUGGGAAUAAGAGCCGAAUUCCGCGAAAAGCUUUUUGAUUGGCGAAAUAAGCAGACCUAUGAUGCUGACGGGCUGCACAGCAAUGUUGACCAAUGUGAAUUCCAUUAUGUGUCUUUAAAGAGGAUACUAAAAGACUGUUCUGCUGGUAGAACCAUUCAUGAUUACUAUGAGUGCAACGGACAUUUAAAUAAUAGCCAACGCGAUCGGAUUAUAAACGCUGUUGUGGAACACGUUGUUGCAAAUAAUAUAAAAUUAAGGCCCGUCAACUUCGAGCAAUUUUUAAAAGACAUACAAAUGUUGUUUCCUGAAGAAAAAUGUUCUUUGGAAUAUUAUUACAUUCCGCGUAAAGGGAAAAGACCGCCUGCUGGAAAAUUAUUUUCAAAAUAUAUAAAUAUUACCGCAAAGGAAAGAAAAAAAAAAGGAACAACUAAACAUAGGUGCGAUAAUUUGGAUACCUCAAUUCCUGAUCUAGCAACUGAGUUUGAUGAAUCGAUUGAAGCUAGUAUAAAAGAGGAGCUACGAAGGGAAUCAUCGGAUUGGGAAGUGGUUCUAGACAGAUGGGACAGAUCUUAUAACAUUCGACAACGCGAUUUAACACUUCUGAGUAAUUACGAUUUUAUUAAGGAGUGGCCAAAGUUAAAAGACGCCAGAGGUCCCCAACUGAUAAACUCCGACUUCAAGCGGUUGCAUCCUAACAAAGAACAUUUAUUAAAAACUAAAUGGAGUGCUUUUAAACAGAAUAUUCGAGAAUAUUACUACUUAAAUAUUGCCAACGCCGCCUGCAAAUCCCUUUUAAAAGACUUAAGUGGUGUGAAACAAAUAGAUGCUGAAGAUUGUGUGCUAACAACGCUAAUACAUUCAAUUUUACCUCCAACCGCAAGAUUCCAUAACACGUCAGGAGCAUCAAAAGCAAAAGCUACAAUAUUGGACGCGCAAGAGUUCUUUAUUAUCAAAGUAGAAACUAUAGGCAAUGUUUAUGAAGAAAUUCAAAAGUAUGUUGACAAAUGUUAUAUGAAUUCAUUUACAGUUCAACCUUUUAUAAUAAUGGAGGGAACAUAUUUAUCACCUAAAGCCUUUUUUGCUUAUAUUGAUAAAAUCAUUUACAAGUUUGACUCUUUUAUUGAAUGUCUGGAUUGUACUUUUAAAAUAUUUCAAGUUUUAAAUCUAAAGUAUCCCGCAAUUGCUGCCAACGCUUGGACCUUUAUUCAAAGAUAUUUCUUUGAGAUCGAAACAACGUCAGAUAUUAAAACACCUGCUCUGGUGUCGCUUGUAAAUUACCUUAAAAAUAAAUAAUAUUUAUAUAUUUGAAUAUGAUUUGCUUUUUAUGUAAAAAAUUGUUUCAAACAACAUGCUGUUAUAUAGCACAUUUAAAAUCAUAUCACUCUCUUAAGCAAAGUGAUACAAAGAUUUGUACUUUUGGUAAUUGUAAGCAAUUAUUUGCAUCGUUCGGUAAUUUCAAAAACCAUUUGCUUAAACAUAUGAAUGUAAAAUUAGAGAUUUGUAAAAAUAUAACUGAAA